UAGGAUCCAGUAAUACAGUAAUGGGUGGUUUAACAAUUAAAUAUGUUAAUUUUGGAAUAUAUAGAUAGCAACGCCAAUGAUCUUAAAUAUUAUCUUUUUGAUAUAUUUUAAUUUAAAUUUCAUUAUUUGUAUUCGUUUUUUUAGGUAUUUGAAAGUGUUAUUAAAUGGGUAAAAAAGGAUUUUGAUCAGAGAAAAGACUUUUUGACAGAAUUAAUGGAACACGUGCGUUUGCCAAUAAUAGCAUCUAGACCUGAUAUAUUAUUAAAUAUAGUAAAGGAACCUCUUCUAAAGAAUAAUCCUAAAUGUAAAGAUUUUGUAAUUGAAGCAUUAAGUUUUAAUAUACAAAAGUCUGUUCAGUAUUUCACCAUUCCACAAACAAUUCGGUGUAAACCCAGGCAGUCUGGUGACUCACAUAAAGUUAUUUUAAUGUUCGGCAAGUCUGAUACAUCCCCAAGGUGCUAUACAGAAUGGUAUGACCCAGUAACCAAACUACGUGAGAAAGCACCAGGGAUGAAUAAUUGUCGUCAGACAGCUGGUCUAGGUGUAAUUAGAGAUCAAUUUGUGUUUGCUGUAGGAAGUGUGAAUAAUUCAUCUUCACAAUCUGUUAGUAUGCUUGAUGUAUCUUCACAAUCGCCCUCUUGGGUUCCAAUGGCCGACCUGGUAGUUAAACGAGAACAAUUAGGUGUUGGUAUAUUGGAUGAUUGUAUAUAUGCAGUUGGUGGAGGAAAUGACAAUAAUUCAUUAAAUAGUGUUGAGGUUUUUGAUGUCAGUAUUCAAAAAUGGAGAUUGGUAGCUAGUAUGUCUACUGAAAGAUUUGAUUUGGGUGUUGGUGUACUCAAUAAUUUAUUAUACGCGGUUGGGGGUGCUGAUGAUGACAACUGUUUGAAAUCUGUGGAAUGUUAUGAUCCCACACUUGACACAUGGACACCAGUUGCAGAGAUGUCUACAAACCGUCAAGGUGUUGGUGUAGGAGUCUUGAACGGUCUUAUGUAUGCUAUUGGUGGCUAUGAUGGAGAUGAGGAUCUUAAAAGUGUUGAGGUUUAUAGACCAACUGAUGGAGUUUGGUCUUCUGUAGCUGAUAUGGAAAUAUGCCGAUUUCGCCCUGGAGUAGUGGCAUUAGAUGGUUUAUUGUAUGUUAUGGGCGGAAUAUCUGAUGAUUCCAUCUAUAGUGAUACUGUAGAAAUUUACAACCCCAAAACCAAUACUUGGACAAUGGAGAGUUUUUCGAGAAGUGGUGUGUACAUUUAUGGUGGAGUAGUUGUUGAUAAAUGAUAGACCACCAAAUUGUAUUAAUUAAUCGACAUAUAUAAUAGUCUUAUUGCUGAUAGUAAUAUGAUUAUAUGCACAUAUUUAUGUAUAAUUUGUAACAAAACUUUAAUUGUUUAUUUUUCUUUGAAUGUUUGAUUAAAAUGUUUUCUUUAUAAUUUAAUUUGAUUAUUUAGAAAGAAG